AUGCGAAGUGCUAGACCUCGGGGCCAGACUCUGGAGACCAGCCAGAGGCUCCCGCUCUGGGGGCUCAGUCUCAGCCUCUGGUGCAAGGCCCUCAGGCUGGGCCUCACCGAAGGAUCCAGUGAGCACGGAUGUCCUGGGGAAUUCCGGAACACAGCCUGGACCAUGUGCACGGAGCCCCGCGCUGCCGCCGCCCGGGAGCUGCUCCUGGCUCCGCUCGAAGACCUAAGCCAGGAGCGGUUGAAGCGCUUCCGCCACAAGCUGCGGGACGCGCCGCUGCACGGCCGUCGCAAACCGUGGGGGCGGCUGGAGGGCGCGGACGCCGUGGACCUCGCGGAGCACCCGAUCCAUUUCGACGGGGCGGAGCGCGCGCUGGACGCGGCGCGAAAAACCCUGAAGAGGGCGGGCGUGCGCGAUGUGGCGGCGCGGCUCAAGGAGCAGCGGCUGCGGAGGCUCGGCCCCAGCUCCUCGGCGCUGCUCUCCGUGUCCGAGUACAAGAAGAGAUACCGAGAGCACGUGCUGCGGCAGCACGCCAAGGUGAAGGAUGACGCUCGCUCCGUGAAGAUGAGCGAGCGCUUCACCAAACUGCUCAUCGAGCCCGAAAGCGCUGCCCUGGAGCACGAGGCUCCGGGGCCCGCGGAAGAGCCGGAGCCGGAGCGCGCUCGGCGAUCCGACACCCACACCUUCAACCGCCUGCUCGGCCGCGACGGGGAGGGCCAGAGGCCGCCGACCGUGGUGCUGCAGGGCCCGGCGGGCAUCGGCAAGACCAUGGCGGCCAGGAAAAUCCUGUACGACUGGGCGGCGGGCAAGCUGUACCACGGCCAGGUGGACUUCGCCUCCUUUGUGUCUUGCCGCGAGGUGCUGGAGCGACCGCGCACGUGCAGCCUGGCCGACCUGACCCUAGACCAGUGCCCCGACCGCAACGCGCCGGUGCGGCAGAUGCUAGCGCAGUCCAAGCGGCUGCUGUCCAUUCUGGACGGCGUGGACGAACUGCCGGCGCCCUGCACAGACCCCCUUGAGGCCGCGAGCGGCGCGCGGAUGCUGGGCGGCCUGCCGAGGUCCUCCAGGCCGAACGCGGUUCUCGCCGUGCGCCGGACCGUGUGCCCCGUUCUGCGCCAGCUGCCAGGUCCUGAGCUGUCGCGCACCACCAAGACCACCACGUCCGUGUACCUGCUUUUCAUCGGCAGCGUCCUGAGCUCGGCGCCCGCGGCCGACCGACCCCACCUGCGGGAAGAGCUGCACAAGCCGUGCCGCCUGGCCUGCGAAGGCGUCCUCGGGCGGGCGCAGCUCUCUGAGAAGGACCUGCAACGACUGGAGCUUUGCGGCUCCAAAGUCCAGGCGCGGUUUCUCAGCAAGAAGAUGCUGGAAGGCGUGCUGGAAACCGAGGUCACCUACCGGUUCAUCGACCAGACCUUCCAGGAAUUCUUAGCCGUGCUGUCCUACCUGCUGGAGGACGAAGGGGCUCCCCAGACACCUGGUGGCGGCGUAGGGGCACUUCUGCGGGGGGACCCGGAGCUGCGUGGCCACCUCGCGCUCACCACGCGCUUCCUUUUCGGGCUACUGAACACAGAGAGGAUGCGCGACAUCGAGCACCACUUCGGCCGCGCGGUUUCAGAGCGCGGGAAGCAGGAUGUCCUGAGGUGGGUGCAGGACCAGGGCCCGGGCUGCCCUAGGGCGGCGCCAGAGGGGACGUCGGGGACCCAAGCGCUCCGGGGCGCUGGGGAGUCAGAGGAGGAGGAGGGCGAAGCUCAGCACCUGCUGGAGCUGCUGUACUUCCGGUACGAGGCGCAGGAGGGCGCCCUUGUGCACCAGGCCCUGCGCGGCCUCCCUGAGCUGGCACUGCAGCGAGUGCACUUCAGCAGAAUGGACCCGGCCGUCCGGAGCUACUGCGUGCGGUGCUGCCCGGCGGGGCAGGCCCUGCAGCUGGUUAGCUGCAGACUGGCCACUGCCCAGGGGAAGAAAAUGAAGAGCCUGUUGAGGUGGCUACAGGGCAGCCUGGGAGGCAGCUCCUCUCGAGCCACCAUGAGAAAACCCCCUGGCUCCCCACUGCAUCCACUCUGUGAGUGGACUGACCGACAGUGUGGUCUGAACACCCUGACGCUGUCCCGCUGCAAACUGCCCGACUUGGUCUGCAGAGACCUCUCUGAGGCCCUGACGGAGCUGGGCCUCUUCCACAGCUGGCUCAGCGAGGCCGGCCUGCGUGUGCUGAGUGAGGGUGCCGGCUGCAGACACUCAGGUGAGGGCUGGCCUGGAAGGGACCAAGGCGGGGACAGGGGCUCCCAUAGCAGCUCCUGCAGAGGCUCCCAGUACGUGUUUGGCCUGCUCCAGCAGAGCCCAGCACUGACUACCCUGGACCUCAGUGGCUGCCAGCUGUCGGGGACUAUGGCGACCUACUUGUGUGCCAUCCUGCAGUUCCCAGGGUGCCGUCUGCAAAGCCUCAGUCUAACCUCCGUGGAGCUGAGCGAGCGGUCACUGCAGGAGUUGCGGGCCGUGGGGACAGCAAAGGCGGGACUGGCCGUCACCCACCCAGCGUUGGAUAGCGACCCCCAGCCUCACAAAGGGCAGGUGGGAGACCCAGACACGGCCCCUUACCUGCUCCUGGACAGCCCCCGAGACCUCCCCACACCCUGGGGACAGGCGCCCCUCAGCAACAAGCGUGAUGCUGAGCGCCCCCGGGAAUCGAGAACCUACAGUGUGUUGGCCUUUACCUGGUGCAGGAUGACCCAUUUGCUGAUCCUGUGCCCAUGCACAAUAUGGGCACCCAUGGCCCACUACUCGGCUCCAGCCAUAGGGGAUCAAGCAGGGGCUGACCCUUGGCUGAAGCGCCCCGCCCCGGGGGUGGGGACGUUCCAUCCGGCCCGCGCUGCGCGCCUUGGGGCGGGGACCGCGGGGCCUUCCGGUGACAAGGCCGCCGCUGGCUACCUCUCCCUGCGGUCCGGCGCCCACGCCCUGGAGCCGAGGGACGCUUCUGGGCUGCGGCGAGCCCCAGGGACGCGGCCGACGGCCCGCCUGCCCCCCAACCCCCAGCUGCUGCCGGCACCCCGCCCCGUACCCAGCCGGCCUCCUGGAGGGCCCCUCCGCUGA